AUGCAGAGGCAGAAUGGUGAGAAGGAAACGAUCGGAGCAGUGUUGAAAGCUCGGGCAUGUUUGGUUUUUGGUGACGUCAGGCUUCUUGGAUUCCUUCCCAACGACUACACCGAAUUUACGAUUCACGGCAAGCAAUUUUUGUCGACUACUAAAUCCUCAAUACCAAGGUUGAUUUCCCCGCGAUGGACACACCGAGAGAAACAGACGUCGACAUUGUUGGACUUUGAAGACGGAUCGGAUGAGAACUCUGGCUUCCCAUGCGGAACCCAGUCCUCUGAGCAUUUGGCUCCUCUUGAGGUAUCGACAUUUGCCGAGGUUUCGACGCUGGGACGACGGGUGCCUCGGGAUAGGCACAGCCAAAAGGGGGAGAUAAAUGAACGCGAGAGAAAAUACAUUGGAGAGAAGGCAUGGUACUUGAUCCAGGAUCUUCCGACCGAGCUCGACAGAGAGAUGGAUUUUCGAGACUGCGACCCAGAGUCCUCUCAGUCUCGUCCUCAUAGCCCGCAAGGCCCGAACACGGUAGGAUACAACCACCAUACGAGUUGGUCACGCUGGCGGCAGCUUCACCGUUGGUCGAGGUUGCCGUGUCGGAUGUACUGGACGCCAGAAAAUGUGCGAGGUGUGAAGGAAAAGGUGCAAAAGAGCAUCGAGCAGAUUUGCAGCUCCGAGAGGCGUUCCAAUGUGUGGACUAUCAUGCGCGACUUUGUUGGGUUGGGUUGUUCGUUGGAUAUCGGCCCGCAAGGCAUUAUUGAUGCGGAGUGUGGAAAAGGCGCAAAUGUGGGUGACGAAGGAGUCACGUGCAGAGGCGGAUUUCAGAGAUACAGACACUACGAAACACCAUUGCCAACCUCACCCGCUCUCGCUAUCUUCCUCACCCGAACGCGUCUCCCGAUACGCCAUAUAAAAAUCGUCAGAGCGCCCUCUGAGAGGUUGGCCUCACAACCUGGUACACGUCAUGGAGAGGCGCAGGGUGGAUCUACUUGCAUGAGAGCGGAGAGAUUUGUUGCGAUUUCGAAUGACGACCGAGCAUCUAGGAGGGCAGUGAUUGGGCCCAGAGACGGCGCAACUGACUCUGGUGAAACCUUACAAACCUUCAGGAUGAACAUAGAGGAGAACUCUUCGUGGUCUAGAAAGGGAAUUUUGGAGUUGCUCUUGCAGAUGAGAGUCGCCUACCAUGUCUGGCCGUCCGUAUGGGCGUGA